UUUUUCAAACAAAGUAUUAUUUAAUAUUUUAUUAAAUAAUAAAAUUAAAACGGUAAAAAACUCCCAUCCUUCAACCCCAACGGCGCACACAGUUAAGCUGUACACGUGUCAAAAUAGCAAGUCAUCCAUCUCCGGAAGCCACGCGUAGACCCCAAUAGCCAGCCUUUACCCGAACACACUUCCCGCCAAAACCUUUCGAUCAUUGCCUCAAACCCAUGCCACGUGUACUAAAGAUCCUCGCCGUACACGUGUUUCACGAAAGAGCAACGAUUGCCAUUGUAGCAACAUGCGCGGCGACCAUCCAACGAAUUAAUGAUCGGACGGUGGAGGUUCAAUUCUGUAUAUUUUGACCUGGCGGAAUCCAGAAGGCUGAGCAGCUCGCCGGCGGUGGGAUGCGAUGGUCGGCGAUGUCAGAUUCCGGUAAGCGCUGCCCUAUUUUUGUAAAAAAAGCGAGAAACUCACGCCGGAAAAGGUUAAAUAUCCAACGGAUGGGGUCCGUACAGUCGGUGGAGAACUUCGAUCCGGCGAUAGGCGGGCCGGUCGCUGGACACGGAACUGCUAAUAAUAUAUGCGGAGUUAUCGAAGAGGGAGCGUCCUCCGAGCAGAAUAUCGGCGCCGGAGAAGGAUCGAAAGCCAGCGAUGGUGCCGAUAACCAGUCGACGGUGGUCGGAGCACCGGCUACCGCCGAUGAGGUCCCUGAAAACUCGACGUGCUCGUCGCACGGAUGGUUCUCGAUGAUGGGACGAAGGAGGGUGAUGGAGGACACGGUGAUGGUGGCGCCGGGGGCGGUAGCUCCGUACGACUUCUUUGCGGUCUACGACGGCCAUGGCGGGGCUCGGGUUGCGCUGGCGUGCAGGGAGAGGAUGCACAAACUUCUGGUGAAGGAGAUCGAGGGGUACGCUGAUGGCGGCGGCGGCGGCGGCGGCGGCGGCCGCAGCAGCGGCGGCGGAGAGGAGGAAAUGAUUGAUUGGGAGAAGGUGAUGGUGGCGUGCUUUGCAAAGAUGGACGGCGAAGUUAGGGGCGGGGGUGGAGAACGGGUGGAGAUGGAGGACGUAGCGUCGGCGGGGCAGAUGAUUGGGUCGACGGCAGUGGUGGUGGUGGUGGGGAAGGAGGAGGUGGUGACGGCCAACUGCGGAGAUUCCCGAGCCGUUCUCUGCCGCGGGGGAGUUGCGGUUCCCCUGUCAUGUGAUCAUAAGCCUGACAGGCCUGAUGAAAGGGAGAGAGUAGAAGCUGCAGGAGGAAGGAUUAUAAACUGGAAUGGUUCUCGCGUUCUUGGAGUGCUUGCUACUUCAAGAUCAAUAGGAGAUCAGUAUCUGAGGCCAUAUGUGAUCCCCAUCCCGGAAGUUACUGUGAGCAAGCGAACAGAUUUGGAUGAGUUCCUCGUAAUAGCCAGUGAUGGUUUGUGGGAUGUUGUGUCGAACGAGGUUGCUUGCGAGGUCACAAAGAGAUGUCUUUGCGGUCAAAUUAGGAGGAGGUUCUUGGAGGGCUUAGCUGGAAGUUGUGCAGCAGAUGCAGCAGCAGUGCUGGCCGAGCUGGCCAUGGUUCGGGGAAGCAAAGACAACAUCAGUGUCAUAGUAGUUGAGCUGAAAAAAACAAGCCACAUUGUCUAAUGAUUUUUCUUUAGAAAAACCAGUGGGAAGGAUUUUUCACGAGCAAUGUGGCAUGGUGUGAUGUAUAAAAUGUAUAGGGUGUGAAAAGGUUUAAUAAAUGAGUCAAAUGAGCAAUGUUCAUUACUAGUGAAGAAAAAGCUUGUUUUUUUUUUUUUGGGCUGAAGAAUAGCAGGUUUCUUUUCUUUAUGUUUUCAGGUUUUUUAUUUCACUUCCAGCUUUAAGCUUUGUAAUGAGCCUUGAUGAAUGAAUGGACAGUUGCUGUUUUUCUCCUUUU